UGAACAUCCAAUACCUGCAGCUCACCAAGAAGGUGCCAGGCCCACGUGGUCAAGGGUUCUUUGUGCUUCGGCCCAAAGACAAGCAGAGGCAUAAGGACGGGAGUCAUUCUGUUCCCUGAUCUGCACCUCCCUUGUGUAUGGGGAUGUGGACUCAUCUUCAUGAUUCAAAUGAGGAAACAAGUGGUAAGACACUUGGAAAGACAAUGAGACUUAUCAGGAACAUUGAUAUACUUUGUAAUAUUGUUAUGUCCAUGGAAGGCUGGGCUCCAAAACUUCCAGAAGACAAAGAACUGACUACCAACUGCUCCAACAUGUCUCUAAGAAAGGUUCCCACAGACUUGGCCCCUGCCACAACCACACUGGAUUUAUCCUACAACCUCUUAUUUCAACUCCAAAGUUCGGAUUUUCAUUCUGUCUCCAAACUGAAAGCUUUGAUUGCAUCCCAUAACAGAAUCCAACAGCUGGAUAUCAAGAUCUUUGAGUUCAAUGGAGAGUUAAGAUACUUAGAUUUGUCUCACAAUAAACUGAAGACGGUUGUUUGGCACUCACUGGCAACUCUCAGACAUUUAGAUGUUUCCUUUAAUGACUUUGAAACGCCUCUUUGUGAGGAGAUUGGUAACAUGAUACAACUGGAAACCCUAGGCUUGAGUGGAGCACAAAUGCAAAAAUCAGAUUUCCAGAAAAUCGCUCAUUUACACCUCGCUACCAUCUUCUUUGGGCUGAGAUGCCUUUCUCACUACGAGGAAGGUAGCCUGCCCCUCCUAAACACAACAAAGCUUCAUAUCACUUUACCAAUGAACGUACAUUUCUGGGUUCUUUUGCGUGAUGGACUGAAGACUUCAAGAAUAUUGCAAAUGACAAAUAUAGAUGGCAAAAGCCAAUUUUUAAAUUAUGACCCUCAACGGCAUCUUACUUUAGAGAAUUCCAAGACAUCUACCCUAUUAUUUGAUAAAGUUGAUUUACUCUGGGAUGACCUCCUGCUCCUCUUCCAGUUUGUGUGGCAUACGUCGGUGGAAUGCUUCCAGAUCCAGGACGUGACAUUUGGAGGUUGGGUGUACCUUGACCACAAUUCAUUUGACUAUGCAAACACUGUGAUGAGAACAGUAAGCCUGGAGCAUGUCCAUUUUAGAGUGUUUUCUAUUCCACAGGAUAGAAUCUACUUGCUUUUUAUGAAAAUGGAUAUAGAAAACUUGACAAUAAUAGAUGCAAAAAUGCCGCAUAUGCUUUUUCCUAAUUCUCCCAGAAGUUUCCGGUAUUUAAAUUUUGCCAAUAAUAUCUUAACAGAUGAACUCUUUAAAAACCCCAUCCAGCUGCCUCAUUUGCACACUGUGAUUCUGCACGGCAAUAAGCUGGAGACUUUCUCCGCAGUGAGCCGCUUCGCUAACCGCACGGCCUUGAGGUACUUGGAUCUAAGCCAAAAUCUACUACAGCACGUAAAUGAGGAAGGCUGCUUGUGGCCAGCCACUUUGGUCAACAUGAACUUGUCAUCUAAUAAUUUUGCUGAUUCUGUUUUUGGGUGCUUGCCCAGAGGCAUUCAAAUUUUUGACCUGAGCUAUAAUAAAAUUCAAAGGGUCCCCAACAAGAUUACUUCCCUGAAGUCUUUACGGGAGCUAAAUAUUGUGUUUAACUUUUUAACUGAUCUCCCUGGGUGCAGUCGUUUCAGCAACCUCUUCGUUCUGAACAUUGAAAUGAACUUGAUUCUCAGCCCAUCUCUGGAGUUUUUUCAGAGCUGCCGGGAGGUUAAGACUCUAAAUGCAGGGAAAAAUCCAUUCUGGUGUACUUGUGAAUUGAGAAAUUUCAUUCAGCUUGAAAAAUAUUCAAAGGGCAUGGUGGUUGGAUGGCCAGAUUCAUACAUCUGCGAAUACCCUCUGAGUCUACAGGGGACUCUGUUGAACGAUGUUUCUCUUUCUGAGUUGUCUUGCAACACAGCUUUGUUGAUUGUCACUGUUGUCCUCUUGCUGAUUCUGGGGACGCCUGCGGCUGUCUGUUUCUUCCACUUUGAUGUGCCCUGGUAUGUCAGGAUGCUGGGCCAGUGGGCGCAGACACGGCAUGGGGCUAGGAGGGCAGCGCAAGAACAGCCUACGAGAAAUGCUCACUUCCAUGCAUUCAUUUCACACAGUGCACAUGACUCUGUCUGGAUGAAGAAUGAAUUGGUCCCCAAUCUGGAAAAAGAAGAUGGUUCUGUCUUGAUUUGUCUUUGUGGGAGAAACUUCGUGCCUGGCAAGAGCAUUACUGAGAAUAUCAGUAGCUGCACUGAGAAGAGCUACAAGUCCAUCUUCGUUUUGUCUCCCAGCUUUGUCCAGAGUGACUGGUGCCACUAUGAGCGCAACUGCCAUGAAAAUUCUGAUCGCAUCAUUCUCCUCCUCCUCCUGGAACCCACCCCGCUCUACUGCAUCCCUGCCCGCUUUCACAGGCUGAAAGCUGACUUAGAGAAGAAAGCGUACCUGGAAUGGCCCAAGGAGCGGCGGAAAUGUGGGCUUUUUUGGGCAAAUCUCCGUGCGGCUAUUAGUGCUAACUUAUCAGACACCAGAGAAAUGUGUGAACUGCAGACAUUCACAGAAUGGAAUGCAGGGUCCUGGGAUUCUGCUGUCACUCUACUGAGGACAGACUGUGUAUGAAGUGCCUGCCAGCUCCCAGGACAAUUGGGGAACACACACACUGUUGGGACAUAAGUGGAUAAAGCUUUUCUGAUGGCAAUUGGGCAAUAUCUAUUAAAUGGAAAGUUUUAAAAAAGCAUGUCAAUUCCUAGAAAAAUUUCUAAAGAUGUCUUCUCAGCAACAUCUACAUACUUUUACAAAGGUUCAUGUAAAAAGAUGUUUAUAAUCAUAAAAAAUUGAAAAGCACCCCAAAUAUCCUCCAAAUAAAGACUGAUUCAAGAAUGUACAAAAAUCUAGGGCUAGUCAAAUAGCUCAGUGGAUUA